AUCCCCCACCAAUUCGCCCCUCAGUGCUGCCCCUCCCUUACCUUCUUCCUGCCAUCAAACCUGAGUAGCAGAACAUAGAAUUUUAGGUCCUUGGGGCAGCCAAGCACAUAGGCCAAGAGCGACCGACACCAAACGCGAAGCUGUCACUGCUUUGCUGGUUCCUUCUGUUUUGGAUACCGGGAUCUGCUGCUUUAGGGAGGAACCUCAAGGGGGAUUGGCCACGCUCUUGACCACUGGGGACUCGUGUGACGUUAUCGAGGCUAGGGAGUCUCGUGCGCGGAUCAGUAAUAUCAGAUUACGCUGGCAAACCGACGAACAUCGCACCGAAUCUAAUAACAUAUCCAGCCAUAUGUGCACGGAUUCUAGAACCAGCCUUAAGUUCCUGAUUCUCUCAAUGGAUGCGACGCGUGCACGGAGUGGAGUAGCACCGAGACCUUCGUAUUUCCCAGUCACCAUCUUCUUGCUCCUUGUCCUCCUCGCUUCCCCCUCCAUUCGCCCCAUUCAAGCCCAAUCCUCGAGCGCACUCCUUCGGUCCCGUGCGAGCGACGAAUUGGCAGAUGCCACUGUGCGAUGGCUCAUGCGACAAGCGAACGCCUCUAGCGACGUUGGCGCUCGUCGCUCGCUAGCCGGAGCCCGAGGGUUAGCAGGUUGCGACUAUCGAAGGGGAAGCUGGGUGCGCACGUCAUCCAUCCCCAACUACAAGCCGCCCUACGCCAGCGGCUGUGCCGCGGGCUUCUCGUGCGACACUAAUGGGCGCAACCCCGCCGGCUACGCGUGGGUGCCCGCGCCGCCUUGCUCCUACGACCAAUGGAGAUUCAAUCCCAAGACGUUUCUGGAGACCAUGCGAAACAAGAUCGUCGCGUUUGUGGGCGACUCGCUAAGUGACAACCUGCACGCAUCCUUCCAUUGCAUUCUCUCGGCAUACACAAAAGUCGCGUUCAAGAAGACGUGGAUGGGCGGCGCGAAGCCUGUGGGAUCGCUGCACGCGGCGCAGUAUAACUUCACACUGCUCUCCAUCAACAGCGGCUACAUCGUGCAGAGCCCGCGCUAUUACAAGGACCAGACGUUGCCGUACGUGGUGAACCCCAAGUGGGCCGCCAUCCUGCCGUACACGCACUCCAUCAUCUUCAGCGCCGGCCACUGGUUCUUCCACCCGCCUAGCACGAAGCUCGGGUCAAACCCCGAUUGGAAGCCGAUGGGGGCUUACCGCAAGGCCAUGGGCGUGCUAUUCGACUACUUCCAGACAAAGCCAUACAGCGGCCUCCCCAUUUUCAUGACCUUCUCCCCCAUUCAUGCUGGGAACGCUUGCGCGACCGCCAACGCACCAUUCAGUAACGAGAACGAGGGUGUAGUGCAUUUGAAUGGCUACACUAUUCCGGCUAUGAAGAAACAAGUGUCGAUUUUCAAGCGGUCGAAGAAAAUCCGGGUUGCGCAGAUCACUUACAUGAGUGCAAUGCGUCCUGAUGCGCAUUUACGGGCAAAUAGAAAGGAUUGCAGCCAUUGGUGCUUGCCGGGGGUUCCAGACGCAUGGGCAGAUGUGGUUUACAACAUGCUCAUGAACUACUACUGAUUCUUAGAAGGGGUCUCGGGGAUUGUGGAGGAUCUUGUGGAUACGGUAUGUGCUUGUUAUAUAAGUCCAGCAGCCUAUAGCUGCAGGGACAUUAGGAGGAUUUGCAAUACAUUUCUGUCGGUUUUGGGACAUUGUAC